AUGGUUAGGGCAAUAGUGAUGUUCUUCGGGUGUUGCGCCGAUAUCCAGUAUGGUAUCUCGGUAUUGUCCUCCGAGGGUGUUCGGCCCGCUUGGCUGCAUUAUGGUCCACAGCGUAGCUUAUCUCUCCAUUUGAGCACAACUUCCAGUUUGGUUGCGUUACUAUCUCCGAGUCGCAAGAUGGGCCCUGGAAUCAGACUUCCAUGCGGGAUCAACACUGGUGAAGACCUCAGCUUACUUCUCUCACGCAAAUGCAAGUUUGCCGGCGGGACAGAAUUGUUCCGUGCUGACAGCAGUAGUAGGCAUUACUGGAUUGUCUUACGUGAAGAGAAGCACAGGAUAAUAUCACGUGAUCAUGACCCUGGAUCAACCGCUUGGCAUGAUCAACAGAAAAAAAAGGGUGUGCCAAGCCAGGCAAGGCUGGUCCCUCGUCCCCAAUACCGUCCUGUGCUUUUCAGCCUUCUGUCACUGAAAGUUGCAAGUUUAAUCCUCCCUGUUCUCGAUACGCAUCCUACAACUGUAUCUGACGUGAGACGGAUUCAGCCUCGCAUGGUCUUCCCGAUCGGGGAAUCUCUGCUCAGCCUUUUUGUACCCCUUGACCUGAGCUGCACGGAUACAACCCUUCUGAACGGCAAAUUGACGCAGGGGAAACGCUGGAACAUACCAGCAAUGCGGCAGAGGAUUCGUAUUCGUGUCCUGUGCUCCAACGGGUGUUGUGGGUGCUUGGGGGCUGGAUUGUCGGGUGCGCUUCACACUGCGGCCAUCUCCAAGGGGCCUGUUAUUGCUGCAUUUUGGUCGUAG